GGUAAAGGCAGCAGUGAUGCUAACUCUGGCAAGCAAAUUGAAGCGGGAUGAUGGUCUCAAAGGGCCCCGCUCGUCAGCCACAGCUUCCGACUCCACACGGAGGGUGUCUGUGAGGGACAAGCUGCUCGUCAAAGAGGUUGCAGAACUUGAAGCUAAUUUACCUUGUACCUGUAAAGUGCAUUUUCCUGAUCCAAACAAGCUUCACUGCUUUCAGCUGACCGUAACCCCAGAUGAGGGUUACUACCAGGGUGGAAAAUUUCAGUUUGAAACUGAAGUUCCUGAUGCCUACAACAUGGUGCCCCCCAAAGUGAAAUGCUUGACCAGAAUCUGGCACCCCAACAUCACAGAGACAGGGGACAUCUGUCUGAGUUUACUGCGAGAACAUUCGAUUGACGGCACUGGCUGGGCUCCCACGAGGACGCUGAAGGAUGUUGUUUGGGGAUUAAACUCUUUAUUUACUGAUCUUUUGAAUUUUGAUGAUCCACUGAAUAUUGAAGCCGCAGAACAUCAUUUGCGGGACAAGGUCGAUGCAUAAGCCAUGACUUCUAUGUCUCAGGAGCAUCAGCUAUUUCAUAAUGGGGCUGUACCACAGUUUUUAACCAUUCUCUUAUUGGCGAACAUUUGGAUUUUCCCCAUGAUAUGUUUUUUCAAUGACAAACAAUAAUGCAAUAAAUACCACUUGUACACAUAUUCCUACAUGCUGGUGCUUUCAUUUCCACAGAAGAGAGUCUCAAAACUGGGGUUACUGGGCCCGAGAGCCUGUGUGUCCUUAGUUUGAGUAACUUUAGCUUGUUCGUCCUUGGGCAGUGCAGGGGCCCGUCUCCUGGCUCUGGGCUCCUCUCGGUCAGUUUCUGGUAAAAAUCGCAUUUUACUUUCUGAGCUUCUAGAAAAAGACACAAAUGUGUAUUGGCUGUUUGCGUCUCUGUGAAUUACCUCUUCAUAUUCUUGAGCCAUUUUUCUGUUGGAUCAUUUUGAUUUUCCUUGUUGAUUUUUAGGAGGUCUUUGUAUAUUGUUGGGUGUUAACCUUUGGUCUGUCACUUUUGCAAAUACCAGGGGCACAGCUCUGUCAGACUAACCAGUCUAUUAGACUGCGUUUCCAUCUUGUCUACUUACACAUGGAUUCGAGAUGUUUCCAGGAAGACACUUGUUUAAAAAGACUAUUUACCUAGAAAUAAAAUGUCAAAACCCACUGGGAAGGGAAAGAUGAGUAUAACAAAACCCCUAGCUGAUGGGACUGUCGUUGUUGAAAACAGAUGCACUGUAGUUCAAGGCAGCAGGAGCCUCAGGCGCUGGGAGUCUGUCUCGUGGAAAAGCGUGGGAAGCUUCACAGGUGGGAGCACUGUCCUGGCGGAGGCGUGGGGUGAACUCUGCACAGUGGGUCCUCACACAGAGCUCGAUGAGCAGCAUCAUGGUACCGUAGGAGCCUGUGGAGGGUGCAUAGAUGGCCCCUACGGGACCACGACUGAGCUUGUUAGAAGUCGUUAGACUCCCCUCAGGGACAAAGGGAGUUUGGCUUUAGCAUAAGCCUCACGGUGACUGGAUGUAGUGACGGGACCUGGGACCUCGUCUUCUGAACCGUAGUUUUCCCUCUGGAAUCCUUGCCACCCUGGAGGCAGCCACCUGACACGGGUUGGUUGAUGCAGGCUGUGAACAUACGAGACAGUUCCACAUGCUCUCUCCUUGGUUCUCAACGUUGUGCGUGAUGCCAAGAGGGAUUGCUUCUGUUUAAGACCUGCUGAGUGCCAGGAUGUGUGAGUUUUUAAACGUGCCAGGUCUAAC